CAUUAGUUAGUUGCACUGGAAGAGGUACUUUCUCGAGUAGCGAAAGAUAAUUUCAACUGGAAUUACGGUCAUUUAUCGCCGCUUAUUUAAACGUGUACCGAAAUUCGAGGACAGUCUGGUCGAUGAUAAGUGUUGCAAAGAGAACAAUCGACAGAAUUGAUUGACGUUACAUGUACCUCCGACGAGAACAUCCAAACAUGCCAUCGAUACCGUUUGUGAAUUAACUGCACGAUUCAUGCAGAUUCGUCGUUUAAUUAUUAAAGAUGUGCGUCAACAGAGUCUGAACCUCACCGUACGAUGCAGUCCAUUUAUUGGACCGGGAGGUUGCUGUCUCGGGCGAUAUGGAAUGGCAUAUCAAAUUACACAGCAUGCGCUGAUCCCAACCUGAACAAUCGUCGCGAAGCAUCUUUCAUUUCGGCUGUAUGCGGUUUUCCCAAAGAUUUUGCGCGAGGACGUUUGCGUAAGGGACAGUUCGGUGAUGACGCUUGGUUCAGUGCCAAAUUCAAGACUGUUGAAGUAAUAGGUGUAGCUGAUGGAGUGGGUGGAUGGCGACACUAUGGAAUAGAUCCAGGAGAAUUCUCUAGUUUUUUAAUGAGAACUUGCGAAAGACUGGUCACUAUGGGCAGGUUCACACCUUCUGAACCAGCUCGAUUAUUAGCAAAUAGUUACUAUGAAUUACUAGAAAAUAAACAACCCAUAUUAGGUAGCAGUACUGCGUGUGUUAUAAUCCUCAAUAAAGAGACAAGUAGCAUUUAUGCAGCUAAUAUUGGAGAUAGCGGUUUUGUAGUUGUAAGAAAAGGAGAAGUAGUUCAUCGUUCUUCCGAACAACAGCACUACUUUAAUACUCCGUUUCAGUUGUCUCUUCCACCUCCAGGACAUUCUGGCCUGGUGCUCAGCGACAGUCCAGAAUCUGCGGAUACUUCUAGUUUUGGAGUCGAAGAUGGUGACGUAAUCCUCCUAGCAACGGAUGGAGUGUUUGAUAAUGUGCCUGACCAAAUACUUAUCACUGAAAUGCGUAAAGUUCAAGGUGAAAGAGAUCCUACUAAGAUACAAGGAGUUGCUAACUCAAUAGCGUGGAUGGCUCGUAGUUUAGCGUUCGACGGCGCAUUUAUGUCUCCAUUUGCCCAAAGUGCUAGAGAGAAUGGAAUUGACACUAUAGGUGGUAAACCAGAUGACAUUACAGUGCUUUUAGCAACGGUGGCAAUAUAAUAAAGUAUGUACAAUAGAAUCUUGAUCAUUGUAUUAUAGUCCAUGUCAUUGCGUAUAUGUACCUAGUUUUACAUCAUUAUAUUCCGUUAUGAUAAUCAUUUACUAUUUAAAUAAAUGGUUUUGUAAAUCAUCCUGUAUCACGAUCAAACUUUAUUACGAUCAUCGUAAAAAAUAUUAAUUUCAAAAAAAGAAUCAAUGGGUACAUUAUUUUCUCCACUGCAACCAAAUUGUAUACAGACAAAUCUUCUGUUGUAAUAAGUACAAAUAAGUAGUUCCUCGUUACUUAUAAUGAGAAUACUUUUUAUAUGCCACGGUAAUAUAAUUAUCUAACACUGUAAUGAGUCAGAAAUAUCAUCUGUUUAUGUUGAACAUUCAAUAAACUAGAACGGAUACAAACAAUUA